AUAUCGCUCUUUCAUCAUCAAUACCGAUUCGCAACUCUCUUCUCUUCUUCGACAGUCUCUUGUGCCUUUUUUGUUUCUUCAUUUCUAAAUAACCAUGGCUUCUUCGUUGCUUGGUCCACCCGAAAUCCGAGACUCUUGCGCUCCCCUCACAAAACCCCUCACGAAACCCAUCACAGCUUCUGGUCCCAGCAAUCCAGUCACGGAGACAAAGGUCUCAAACGUCAACACUUCACCUCCGACGGGACAGACCGAGGAAAGACCCCCCACGUACCUCGCCGCUCUCCUCAAAAACAUCAACACUUGUCGUCCCAGCGUCCCAAAGGUCUCAAACGUCAGGAAAUCAACUAAAGUCACCGUCAAACCUGUUAGACCGCGAAAAGUUGAUCCAAAUAAAUCUUCACGUCCGAUGGGCUACACCGAGAAUGGAUCCGCCACGUACCUCUCCUCAGGCAACCCCUGCCUCGACUUCUUCUUUCACAUUGUUCCUUCCACGCCCAAGAAAUCUCUGGAGCAGCUGCUAAAGGAGGCUUGGGACCAUGAUGCCUUAACCACUCUCAAGCUUAUCUGUAACCUUCGUGGAGUCCGUGGCACUGGAAAAUCUGACAAGGAAGGGUUUUACACGGCGGCUUUGUGGCUACAUGGUCACCAUCCCAAAACCCUAGCUAGUAACCUCGAGUCCAUCUCCAAGUUUGGCUACUUUAAAGAUUUUCCGGAGAUUCUUUACCGGAUUCUACAAGGAUUUGAAAUCCGCAGUAUCCAGAAAUCGGAAUGGUUCCGGACUAUAGCCGCAGCAAUUCUUCGUAGAAGAUCCAAAUUCGCCAGACGCGGUCGUGGUGUUAGCCGUGGUUUUGGUCGUGGUCAUGAAAGUGGUCGCAGAAUGCGUGGUCUAAAAAGGCCGGCAGCCACGAGGUCGCUGAGGGUAGCAAACGCAAAGAGGAAGGACCAAGAGGAGAAAUCCAAAGCAAGCUUGGAGCGCAAGCAAAAGAAGGUUUCAAUGGGUAAGGCCGCAUUCACAAGAUAUACUAACGAUCCAGACUAUAGGUUUCUCCACGAACGUGUCUCUGAUCUAUUCGCAAAUCAACUAAGGAAAGACCUUGAGUUUUUAAAAUCACGCCAACCAAACCAAAUCUCUUUAGCGGCUAAAUGGUGUCCCUCGCUUGAUUCUUCGUUCGACAAAGCAACUCUUCUCUGCGAGAGCAUUGCUAGGAAGAUAUUUCCCAAAGAAUUAUUCCCGGAAUACGAAGGCGUGGAAGAAGCUCACUAUGCGUACAGAGUUCGUGAUCGGCUACGGAAACAAGUUCUUGUUCCCCUUCGGAGAACUCUGCAACUCCCUGAAGUGUACAUGGGAGCUAGAGCUUGGCGAUCUCUCCCUUACAACCGUGUUCCAUCAGUGGCAAUGGCCUCGUACAAGGAGAUUUUCUUGUACCGUGAUGCAGAGAGGUUUCAACAAUAUCUUAACGAUGCGAAGACGGGGAAAACGAAGAUAGCCGCCGGUGCAGUGUUACCUCACGAGAUAAUAAAAAAUUUAGACGGCGGAGACGGUGGACAAGUUGCUGAGCUGCAAUGGAAACGAAUGGUUGAUGACCUUAAAGAGAAAGGUUCUUUGACCAACUGCAUGGCUAUUUGUGACGUCUCGGGGUCUAUGAGUGGUGAGCCAAUGGAGGUUUCAGUCGCCCUUGGUUUGUUAGUCUCUGAGUUAUCAGAAGAGCCAUGGAAAGGAAAGCUUAUAACAUUCAGCAAAGACCCUGAACUGCAUUUGGUGGAAGGAGACGAUUUGAGAUCAAAAACAAGAUUCGUGAAGAGAAUGCAAUGGGAUAUGAACACUGAUUUUCAGAAAGUGUUUGAUUUGAUUCUUAAAGUGGCCGUAGAAGGGAAGCUGAAGCCGGAAGAGAUGAUUAAGACGUUGUUUGUGUUCAGUGAUAUGGAGUUUGAUCAAGCGUCGUAUCCAAGUAAUGGAUGGGAUACGCCAUCGUAUUCGGAGGAUGAUGAUGAAGAGGAUGAUGAUGAUGAUGAUGAUGAUGAUGACGAUGAUGAUGAUGAUGAAGAGGAUGAUGAUGAAGAGGAUGAUGCUUGGCAAACAGAUUAUGAGGUGAUUGUGAGAAAGUAUAGAGAGAAAGGGUACGGAGAAGCUGUGCCGGAGAUAGUGUUUUGGAAUCUGAGGGCUUCGAGGUCAACGCCUGUGCUUGGAAACAAGAAAGGAGUGGCUUUGUUAAGUGGGUUUUCGAAGAACUUGAUCAAAGUGUUUUUAAAACACGGUGGAGAGAUUGAUGAGGGAAAGAUUGAAGAUGGAAAGAUUGAUCCCAUAACGAUCAUGGAGGCUGUUAUAUCUAGAGAUGAGUAUAAGUCGCUUGUUGUAAUUGAUUGAAAAAUGUAGAGAUUUGUGAGCUUUGUAACAUUUGUUUGAAUCUUUGAAUAAAUUGAAACUUGAAUU